UCUCCCAUCCCUCGAAUAGCGCAGAGCUGGGCACUAGGCAGUGGUAACAGCCACCAGCAUGGUCUACUUAACCUUACAGAUAUCCCAGAAGUUCUUGGCAAGCUCCCAGCAAGUUCACAAAACUGCUGCUCACGUGGUGGCCAGGAGUGCUCCGGAGGAGACAGUGACCAGCAGCUUUGCCUCCUUCAUCCAUGCAGUUCGACCCGAGCACUUGUCCAAGACUGUCCGUCACAGAAGCAAGAGGAUGAUCCUCGACAGCAUCGGGGUUGGCCUCGUGGGUAGCACAACGCAUGUGUUUGACAUCGCUCUGCAGUACUGCCGGGAGCUGUACUCUUCAGUUGCUGUGAGCUCUGUCUAUGGCAAGCCAGGGGUAAAGCUCUCCCCCACGCUGGCUGCGUUCACCAACGGAGUUGCGACUCACUCCAUGGACUUUGACGAUACCUGGCACCCUGCUACUCAUCCAUCAGGGGCUGUGCUGCCAGCUCUUCUGGCAGCUUCCCAGAUGCUACCUCCAAGCACCAAACCCAAUGGCAUGGAUUUCCUGCUGGCAUUUAAUGUGGGCCUGGAAGUGCAAGGAAGGCUCAUGCAUUUCUCCACUGAGGCUCACAACAUUCCUAAAAGGUUCCACCCUCCCUCGGUGGUCGGUACCAUGGGCAGUGCUGCAGCCACAGCGAAACUGCUGUCCCUCAGCGCGGCCCAGUGCGCACAUGCUUUGGGCAUUGCUGCAUCGCUUGCAGGGGCACCCAUGGCCAAUGCUGCCACCCAAGCCAAGCCAUUGCACAUUGGAAAUGCCACCCGCCUGGGCUUUGAAGCAGCGCUGCUGGCUGCUCGAGGGAUGGAGGCCAACCCCUUGAUUCUGGAUGAGAUCCCUGGUUGCUCUGGAUUCAGUGCUUUCUACAGUGUCUAUCAACCCAAACCACUCUCCACGCCAAGUGACCGCCAUGAGUUCCUCUUGGAGAAGCAGGAUAUUGCUUUCAAGAGAUUCCCAGCCCACCUGGGGAUGCACUGGGUGGUGGAUGCUGCCUUGUCUGUUCGGAACCUCUUCAUCAACUACGCAGGGUCCUUCUCUCCCUCUUUGAUCCGCACCAUUGUGCUGAAGAUCCCAGUGUCAAAGUACAUCAAUCGGCCUUUCCCCAGCUCUGAACACCAGGCUAGACACUCCUUCCAAUUCAAUGCCUGUACUGCCCUGUUGGAUGGGGAAGUGGGCCUGAGCUCCUUUGCAGAGAGCAACAUCCAGCGGCAGGAGCUGAGGGAGCUGCUGGACAAAGUGGUGGUGGAGCACCCUGAAGAUAAUGUGGCCAACUUUGACAAGAUGUACGGAGAGGUGGCACUGCUCCUGCACAGCGGGGACGUCCUCACAGGCAAAUGUGACACUUUCUAUGGGCACUGGAGGAAGCCUCUGAGCAAAGAAUCGCUCCUGAAGAAGUUUCGCUCCAACGCCUCCCAUGUGCUUCCAGAAGAAAAAAUAGAAACCAUCAUCACUACGGUAGACAACCUGGAGAACCUGUCAGACAGCUCCCAGCUGGCCUGCAGCCUGUGAGGGAACAGCAAGCAGGGUUUAGAUACGGGACUUUUCCCAGAGAAACUCUGAUUCCUCUCUUCAUUGGUGCUUUACUUUUGUUUUUCCAGUGACAGGAAAAUUCCCACCCCUUGAAGUCAAAGUAGACGCUUUAAGACCAAAGGAGCCCACGAGGCAGGAGGUGUGCCUGUGUCACUGAUCGGGACACAGAUUGAAUCCCAACACAUAGUUGGCUGCAAGGCCAUCACAAAUAAUGAAACUCCCAUGGAAAUCUGUGAGAAUCCUGGGGUAUCACCUGGAAGCCGGCUCCCCAGAAGGAACUGUGUCUAGAUCUUUUUUCAAGCUGCACUCCAAGUUUUUUCUGCGCAGGAUGCCUGACUGCUGAGUCUGGGAAGGAGAGGAGGCUCAGCUGCAAGCUGUGUGCUUUUCUUAGCGCUCUUCUGGGCACUUUUGUGAUCACGGUUAGUUAGUCAUGAUGGCCAGCUGAAAAACCUAUCAGUUACUGUAAACAGCCCUGCCUGCAAAACCCUCGGGCAGAGAUGGAUUAUUUCCUUUUCCAGUAAAAGCCUCCCAUUUCUGCAGUACUGGGGAAGUGUUUUUCACUUCUCUGUGUACAAGGGAUGGUUCAAGGAACUUUAAAACCUGUAUUUCUUUUCUGAAAGGAAGGCAGUUUGAAGGUGAGGAGCCCGAAACCACUCCUACGCCUGAUCCUAUGCCUCCUGCAAGAUGAUCCCUGCCAGUUCUCUGUCUGCCACAGCAUCCCUCCCAGCUUUGCCCUACUCAGAGCUGUCUCACCAGAGGUGGUCUUUAUAGUCUCUGCAGAGAUGGACCCCUCUGGAUGGUGACCUGGGCACAUACACACCAUGACUCACAUUGGGAAAUUCCUGUUUCUCCCCCCUCAGAGGAGGGAAAGCUCAAUGAGACUCAGUCCUUAACUCAUCUUUCCAGCUGGGAUGAGAUCAGCACUUGUGCUCCUGUGCAGCCGUUCACUGAAAGGCUUCUGACCCUGCGUCCUUUGUGAGCAGUGAGAUGGAGAACUGUGCAAUAAUCCCCUGUACAUGAAACAGAUACUGCGACUGCUGAUCCAAAGGAGUGGCCUCCAAGCAUGACAUAGGUACAGAAUCCAUUGCAGAAGUGAAGGUGCCUUCUGCAAGGCACAGAGAGAUGGGACUAGGCAAGCAAGAAGGCGUGUGGGCUGGUUCCUUUUCAGCUUGCCAGUAGUGGUCUUUGCAGAGAACUUCCCAGUCAGAGCAGAACUGUUUGCCCACCUGUAAUUCCCCUCUCUCAUACUGUCUUGCAUAUUCCCACUGAAUCUUUCUGAACAAAAAACUGAAGUAAACUUA